AUGUUUCGCAAAAGAAGUGGCCAGAAACCGGAUGAAGUGUUAAUUAGGGAUUUCCAGAACAAAUUCGGUGAUGUUGCCACCACUCCAUAUAACCCUCAGACGGGGAUUCAACCCGAGCAGAUCCUCCCGCCCAAUCCCAACGUGCCAGCCCUGCCCACAUUCGAUCCCAACCCGACCCUGUUCCCUCACAACCCCGCCUUUGUGUCCUCACCGUUAAGUCGGCAGGGCUGUUCUUGCACCGUGUUCAAGAGUCGUAUGUGUGCAGUGCUUCAUAGCCCUGCGGGCGACUUACACACUCCGAUGCACGAGUGCGAUUCUGCCCUUGGGCCAACAUCGCCCUGGGGCCCAGCGUUUGAUGGGCAGCAAAGUGGCCAUGCCGCCUUCCACACAAACGAUGCAUACCAGCUCGAAUAUUUCCGCCGCCCUACGUUCCCUUGGAGAAGCUCAAAUCCAUUUUUUCAACCGCCCACUCACCCACCCAGAUCAUUCAUGCUGAAUGGCCCCAACCCCGACCUCGACCCUCUGGAGCCCCUCCAAGAGACCCCUUUCACAGAAGCCAAACACUCGGCACUGCAUACCCAGUCCUCGCCAUUUCGGUAUCAGGUGAUCUUACACACACCGACGGCCACCUACAACAAGGAGUGCGAAAUUCCCGUCACCUAUUUGAACCGGCGCCAGGCGUACAAAAUCUCGGUCGUCGACACCAUACCACCUAUAACUUCGUCUCCCACGGUCCGGUAUCGAACGCACAUCCGGAUAUGUUUUGAUGACGAUAAGCAACGUGCUGACCCUUUGAUGGCCUGGAAGCUCUGGGUGGAUGGCCGCGGACUAGCGGAGGCUCGCGAGACAGGCGGCAACCUUGCGGCCGUAGAGUUCGUCGAUACCAAGCCGAACUCUGUAGACGCUGCUGAGACUUUCAUUGAAUUAGAGAGCUCCACGGUCGACGGUUUUUGCGUUGCGUGGACCAGUGAUCCGCAGUCAGGUCGAUUAGGCUGCGAGAUGCACGUCGUCUUCAACUUUCUGUCCACCGACUUCAGCCUAUCCAAGGGAGUCAAAGGCGCGCCUGUCCGUCUAUGUGCCAAGACGGAAGUGGUCUCCUCAGAACCAGGUCUCCAAAACCAGUCAUCCUCCGUGUCAGAGAUUUCUUGCUGCAAAGUGAAGUUGUUCCGAGACCACGGGUCCGAAAGGAAGAUAACGAAUGAUAUCACCCAGCUUAAGAAAGCCAUUCAGCGAGUCGAGGAGUCAAUCGCCUACUCUCCGACCGACGGCCGGAGUACCAGUAAGCGGAAACGUGGAAAGCUUCCUCUGGUCGCUCGGGGCUCUGAAUCUAGCGUACAGCAGCUCGCCCCGACAGAUCUACACAAUACGCAAGGGCCUCCAGGGACAGAUACUCUGGCCGUUGAUGAAGAUCCUCACAAAGUAUUGUUUGUUCUCCGGGCGAUGCUUUCGUCUUCCGAGCCAUACAGCCUGCUAUCGCUGCCAUGCGACGAGCGUGACGACCCUGAUCGGUUUCCUCUCUUAUUUCCGAAUCCACUUUCAAACCCUCUGCCAACAGAGCGCUCUCUUGUCGGCACGAGUUUUUCAUCGGAGCUAGGCACGGAUGGUCAGUGGGGAGAGGUACUACAGCAGAGUGCAGAGAAGAAACCUCAAGCUUCUGGUGGUACCCAUACUCAUCUCAUGACACCUUGGGCGGCCACUUCGAUCAUUCCAGACACCGGCAAACCCAGUGCUGUCAACCGACCAUUAACGACGCUCAAUAUACCAAUGCGUAGCCGUGUAGGCAACCAUCAACGCGCUGUUGCCUGCUUUUACGUUAUCCGACGAACCGACGGUCAGCACGAGGCCUACCACCAUGCCGUAUACCUAGUACGACGCACCCUGUCGGAAUUCAUCAAACAACUCUCUUCGAUUAAGAAUAUCCCGCCAGAAAGUAUCAUCCGGGUGGUUCACGUCAAUGCAGCGGGCCUGCGCAUCCUGGUCGAUGACAAUGUUGUCCGAGAAACGCCCGAAGGCCAGGAUAUGGUGGCGGAAUUUUUGCCGGGAGACGAUACCACAGCCCCGGCGUCGAAAUGGCAAGUCAACCUAUUUUAUUAA